AUGAAAGGCCCUUCUCACAAGCUAAUGUCUGAAAGUGGCCUUGGAUACAUUUGCUACAUUUGUGUGGGGCAGAUAACUAUUGGUACAAAUAGCAUCUUACUUGAAAUCGAAGAGGCUAAACACUCAUGUAGCCCUUCUGGAAUCCGAGCAUCGGAAGUCCCAUGCUUGCAUUAUCCGCAACCCGACACAUUAUUUAGCAGAGAGGAGUGUGCUUGCAAUCCCGUUCGGUUCUUCACCAUUAUUUCGAUGCAAAGAUCUGGGAGCGGAUGGUUUGAGACAUUGCUAAAUGGUCACAUUAAUAUGAGCUCCAAUGGAGAAGUGUUCUCAACAGGCAAAGGAAGGCAAAGCAUCACUUCCAUUUUGAACACAAUGGAUAAAGUGUAUAAUCUUGAUUGGUUCACCAGUGCUUCCAAGAACGAGUGCUCUGCUGCUGCUGGCUUCAAGUGGAUGCUUAAUCAGGGUUUGAUGGACUAUCACGAAGAGAUAGAGGAAUACUUCAACACAAGAAGAGUUUCCUUGAUAUUUCUGUUUAGAAGGAAUUUGCUGCCAAGAAUGGUGUCUAUGCUAGCCAAUAUUUACGACAAAGACACAAAGCCACUGAAUGGAACCCAUAAAUCUCAUGUGCACUCCCAAAAGGAGGCUAAAAUUCUUGUCAAGUACAAAUCUUGAAUCAAUAUCUCUCUACUGAUACUAGCUGAAACAAAGAAAAUAGUUGCAAAAGCCAUUGAAUACUUUAAGAGCACACGUCACAUUGUUCUCUACUAUGAAGAGUUUGGCCACAACUAUACUAUAUGA